UUUACUUUUAUUCAAUUCAGUUCUACGUUUGACACCAGUGCAAUAAUAUCGUGAUGUCUUUAUCGUUACCUUUAUUGGCAUAUAUUAAUCCAAUUGAAAUUUUUACUUGUCUGCAAAGAACAAACUUUUACAGUCGUCAUCGCAUAAAACCGUCAUGAUGUUGUAUUUCGUAAUAUUUAGUGCCAUUUGUGGUUGGUCAGUACAAGCCAUACCUUGCAACGUCAUUACACUGCAACAUGGGAAAGAAGUUACUUGUCUUGCACCUAUAGAAGAAACCAUUGACGUUCGACCACCAAUAGAAUUGUCAGAAGAGAUGGAAAAUGGAAUAUUUGAGAAAAAAUGGGAAAAUGGCGAUUGGAUACUACAAAAUGGAAAUUCCAUGAAUUACGCCGCAAUUGCCGAUAAGCGCUGGGAAGAUUUUCCGACUGUUCGCACACAAAGAUUGACGUGUGAUGCAACUAAAGCUGCGGAAUCUUUUUCCGUUUACGAACCCAAACAAAUAAGCAUGUUUAUUAUAAGCAACGGAGAAAGUAAACGUCUUAUUAAUGACAGAGAACCAAAAAGUACUACUUCGUGGAUUCACUACACAGUACUACGAGUACUACAAAACAACAUUGUUUUUGUUUUUGAAAACAAUCAUCUGAUUCAGGAAUUGAACAUGGACGAUCUGAAUCCAACUGUAGUUGUGGUUGUCACAAAUGAAACCACUUACUGGAAAAAGCACAACUACUCACCGAUGACUUCUGAGCGCGUUAGCGAAGCACCAAGUACCAUAAUCAUUCCACCAGUCAACAAAUCAGGUUUGUUUCUGUAUACAUCACUUUGUACAAACUGUUCACUAGAACUGGAGAUAAAUAUCAAUAAUGAAACAAGACAGAUUAUUAUUAAUGCGACUGAAAAUGAGCAAUCUAUGCUGAAACCUUGGCAGCAAAUUAAAAUUGAUAUAGACCUAACAAACGGUGCUAGCCUAACUUUUUUGAGAAAAUUGACCACUGAAAAUGAAAGUCUCGGAUUUUGGGGACUUGAUAUAAAAUUGUAUCCUGAUAUUCGAAGUGGGUUCGGGACGUACACAUACAAGUCAGCGUCAAACUCUUCAGAGGUGGUAAAUCACACCUGCUAUGGUUUGAAUAUGGCCAAAGAUGAGGUAAAUAAUAAUGAAAAGAGUGAAAAACUUGAGAAAAAUUGUGACAUGAGCUGUGAGGAGAUCGUGGGUGCAGACUCCAAGUUUUGUGAAAAUUACAGAUUUUGUGUAAAUACUGCACGCAGCUGCGCUUGGGGUUUUGAAGGAAUGGAAUAUCAAAAUAAAACUCGCAUCGUCAGGGCUAUAAUAGCAAUAGCAACAGUAUUUGCUGUUAUUUUUGUAGUAGGCUUUAUGGUAUUCUUUUAUAUAUGGAAAAAGAGACGCAGAAAUCGAUGUGGUGUUGACAACGACGAAGAACGAGGACCAGAUCUUAAUACAAGAGUACCUCUUUUUGAAAAUUAAACCUCCAUUAUCUUUAUCUUCGCCGUAUCUACAUGUAUAUAUAAAAGUAUUUUAGUUAAAAAAUGUAAUGUACACUAAGUAUACUAAUAAAAAUAUGUUUAUUAAAAAUUAAUAAA